AUUUUUUUAUUCAUCUUUAAUGAAUUUAUUUUAAUAUAAUAUUUCUAUUACCCACGAUAAUGAAAUAAAUGUUAAUAAUUUCAACGAUAUCGACAGUAGCAAUUAAAGACCGCAAAAUGGUAAGUUUACUACCAGAAGAGUGAAAAGACUUGUGGGAGCAGCACGUGAUGGAAAUUUCUCACGUCCCCUCUAUUAUUGAUUAUCAUAGAGGGUAGCAAAGUCUGAAGGGAAAUCAAUAUUCUUUACACAGUGAUCGUCACCAUUACAUUUUUUAAUAUCAAAUCUCAACCUUGUAACGCGCAAUCUAUCAAUUUUUACAUAUUCUGACUUAUCUAAAUAUUGUCAGUAAAAUAAAAAUAGCAGCUUAAAUUAAUUAGUGAAUAAGACCUCACAACCACCAACGUGAAAUGGAAUAUACCAAGUGACAGUUGACAGACAAGUUGGAAAGUGCAGUCUCCAUCAUCAUUGGUAAUAAUAUUGCUGCAAAUACUUGAUAAUAAGUUGAAACAAAUACGAUUUAAUUCAAUUUAAUUGAAUAAUUGGACGUUUGUUAAAGAACAAGUGGAAAUCAUCAAGAACUGUCAAGAGAAUUUGAAGAAAAGGAAUCACGGAACAAAUCAAAACAAAACAAACACAUAAGUAAGAUCUAAUCAAUUGAGGUCAUUGUGAUCUCUAUGCGGCAAGAAGCUAAUGCCGGUUUAAAACUCAGGCCCCCGGGUGAUCUUCAACACGGUGGAGCCAUGAUUGAACAAGAUAUGGCUGGUGCCCAGGACACCAUUUACCUGUGUAACUUCAGGGUGUCGGUUGAUGGUGAAUGGCUAUGUCUAAAAGAACUUCAGGAUGUUGAAUUUUCAAUGCAAGAUUCCAUGCAACAAUCUCCAUCACCACCUUUAGCUCUCAGUGGUAUAUCUAAUCAUCAUGAUUCGUGUUUGCAUCAUGAGCAACAACAUUCUCAGCAACAAUCUCUGCGAUCUGAGCUUUACGAUAUUCUUCCACCAAGUCCGCCACCAAUUCAGCACUUCUCCAGCUUGUCUCGGGAUCCAGUAAUUAUCGAAAGAAGUAAUCUUGUGAAUAUUUCGAAAUUAAUUGUAAAAGAAUUAAUAGAAACUUCACUUAAAUAUGGUCGAAUGCUUGACUCUGAUCACAUGCCACUUCAACAUUUUUUCAUCGUCCUUGAACAUGUGCUCAGGCAUGGUCUACGACCAAAGAAGGGUCUUCUUGGCCCAAAAAAGGAACUGUGGGACAUUCUUCAAUUAGUUGAAAAAUACUGUCCAGAAGCACAAGACAUCACUUCCAGCAUUCGUGACCUCCCAACUGUGAGGACAGCAAUGGGAAGAGCUCGUGCAUGGCUUCGUAUGGCAUUGAUGCAAAAGAAAUUAGCAGACUAUUUAAAAGUUUUAAUUGAUCAUCGAGAUGAUCUUCUGUCAGAAUAUUUUGAACCUGAUGCAUUGAUGAUGAGUGAGGAGGCUAUUGUAGUAAUGGGACUUCUUGUUGGACUUAAUGUCAUCGAUUGUAACUUUUGUGUCAAAGAAGAAGAUCUUGACUGUCAACAGGGAGUCAUUGAUUUUUCACUUUACUUACGUAAUAGUAAUCACAUUCCUGGUGAUUCGCCUGAUGAUGAGUUGGAGAAUGACAAUAUGACGACAGUAUUAGAUCAGAAAAAUUACAUUGAAGAACUGAAUCGCCAUCUAAAUGCAACUGUUACGAAUCUUCAAGCAAAAGUAGAAUCGUUAACUACUACAAAUGCACUGAUGAAAGAAGAUCUUUCAAUAGCAAAAAAUAAUAUUUUAACUCUACAUGAAGAGAAUCGACAGUUGAAGAAAGAGCUUGGGAUUGAAGUGAAAGAUAUAAUGGAGAAUGGAAAGAUACCAGUAAAAAUUACAGAAACGACUUCAGAAAUAGAAGAAUUGCGAAGCAGAGUAGAAUCAGAAAAAAAAUUACGAGCUGAAGUUGAGAAAGAACUUGCCUUACAGAUCAGCAUGAAAUCCGAGAUGGAAGUAGCAAUGAAGCUUCUCGAGAAAGAUAUUCAUGAAAAACAAGAUACAAUUAUUUCACUAAGACGACAACUAGAAGACAUUAAGCUUAUUAACUUGGAAAUGUAUAAAAAAUUACAGGAAUGUGAGAGUUCACUUAAGCACAAAACUGAAAUCAUUGCCAAACUGGAGGCGAGAACGAUGUCCAUGUCAGAAACAAUCCAAAAAUUGGAUAAAAAGUGUAAGGAAAUUGAUGGUGCUAAAACGGAAGUGGAGGAACGAGUACGGAUUUUGGGUGCUGAAGUUGCAGAGCGAGAGGCGAGGACAAAUGGAGUUGAGAGAGAAUUAAAAGUAGAACGAGAAUGGCGUACUUCGCUUCAAGAGUCAUCGAUUUCUAACACAGAAAAAAUUUCUCAACUUCAUCAAGAAAUUGAUCAAUUAAAGCAAGUGCAAGCGAAAUAUCUAGCUUUGCAAGAAGAGCAUUACGCACUACGAGAAAUAUGUACAGAGCAAGAGCACACUCUUGAAGAAUUGGGCGGUCAAUUGAGUACAGCAAAAUUGGCAGCCGUAGAAUUACAAGAAGCAGUGAAUAAUGCUCAACAUCAGGCAAAUCAGGAAGGCACUGCUACUUGGGCCAAUGAUCGACUAGUGAGUCAUUGCAAAGGCUGUAACCGAGAGUUUAACUUAACUCGUCGCAAGCAUCAUUGCCGAAAUUGUGGAAAUAUUUUCUGCAAUGCCUGUAGUGAUAACACCAUUGCUUUGCCCAAUUCAGCUAAACCAGUUCGAGUAUGUGAUGAGUGCCACGUUUUUCUUGUUGGCCGUUAUUCAGUCGUACAGUAAUUAUGAGAAAUAAACCAGAAUGUGAGCCAAGUAAUCAAUCAGAGGAAAUGAGAAAAAGUGGUGAAUCAAAAAUACUCUAUAGUAACAAAAGGUUACUUUUUAUUUCUUUAUAGAUUUUUCAAUAUACCCUAUGAUUGUUUUUAUUUAUUACUGUGUUAUUACGUAGCAAGUUAUCAGAUACAUCGAUUAAUGUUAAUAAAAAGCUCAUUUUAUUGCUUCUUGUUAGCCCUUGAUCACAAAAACUUGGUAUCUUUUGCUAUUUUUUUGUUUUGUUAUAAUUGUUGUUUGAUCAAUAGAGAAGCAAAUUUGUGAUUGAGAAAAUUGUUAUCUAGUUAUGAAUGUUAAUUAGUGAUUGAGGGUGACAUCAAUGGAUAUUUUAAUUAAUUUAUGAUUUUAUUUUGAUAUCUAAUUGUAAAAAAAAAAAAGAUAUUUGUUUAUACAUGAACAAUCUCAUCUCAAACUAAUUGAUAAGACAAUGAACUUAUAUAGUGAAGAUAUAUUUUACAUCUAUA